AUUGCAAGAGCACCCCUCUGGAAUUUCUACUUGUUCCUACUCGGCCCCAUUUUUUCACACUUACUUUUCAAUCUGACCCUUGCCCUCUACAACUUGUAUAGUCGGAAUCGACUCUCUUUUUUCACUAUUUCCGAAAGGCCCCUAAAUCUAGAAUUUUCUCUCCAUCUAAAAAGCUCUGCACCUUCUUUCCUGUUCUUUCUGAUGGCGAGGACAAAGCUUAUUCUAAUAUGUCAGUCACUUGGUGAAUUUGUCACAAAUGACGAUGGAUCCUUGUCGUAUACUGGGGGAGAAGCUCAUGCUGUAGAUAUCAAUCGUGAAACUCUAUUUGAUCAUCUAAAGUUAAAAUUAGCUGAAUUAUGGAAAUUCGAAUAUAAAUCAUUGUCCCUCAAGUAUUUUCUUCCAGGAAAUAGGCAUACUCUCAUAACUUUGUCUAGUGAUAAAGAUCUGAAGAGGAUGUAUGGUUUCCAUGAAAAUUCUGUAACUGCUGAUGUUUUUGUCAUGGGAAGAGCACGUUCUGAUGAUGAAGCAUUAAACUUGCAUAGAAGGCAACGUGGAAUCAAACUAGCUGAAACUGUUAAACCUCUUGCAGUCUCCACAACCAUUGCUACCACAUUUCAUGCUGCUAAUGCUCCUAUUGCGUUCAUGAACUCAAAUACAAUAUCUGGUGAUGCUAAUCCCUCAGCUGAUCCAUAUACUACCACUGUUGUUCCAGUUGUGCCCUUGUCUCUUCCUGUAUCAACACCAGGUGACUCUGUCAUACCUGACAAAGCAACUGCUCAAAGCCUCAAUGUAUUGCCAAAUGUCUCAAAGCUCUUGCCUGCCUGUACCGCCACAGAUGAUGUGGUUUUCCCCAGUCCCACUCCAAGUGGUUCUACUGCAGUUGUCACUGACCCAAAUUCCCGCUGCUCAACCAUAAUUGAUAAUGAUCUGGAUUCUAGCCCUGCUGAUACCGUGAAGAAACGGAGACGAACUGCAUCAUGGAAAAUUAAAGCAAAUUGUACCCUUGUUCCUGUUCCUGAAAAAGAUGAGGGUAAAAGGAAAACUACACCUAGGAAAAAGAAUAUCUUAAAUUGCAGUACUGCAAUAGCAACCGAAGAGGCAGGGCAGAGACAAGAUAGUAUACCUUGUACAGAUAGUUCUAGUGAUUACUCUAUUAUGGCCAGAACUAAUGAUAUUCCACCAGAAAAGUUAGUUGCAUUGUGGAAAGAUGGGAUCACCGGUGUAGGUCAGGAAUUCAAAAGUGUUUAUGAAUUUCGUGAUGCCCUGCAGAAAUUUGCCAUUGCUCAUCGUUUUAUGUACAAGCUAAAAAAGAAUGACACCAAUCGUGCAAGUGGCAGAUGUAUAGCAGAAGGAUGUUCUUGGAGAAUUCAUGCUUCAUGGGAUUCAUCUACACGAUCAUUUAGGAUAAAAAAUAUGAACAAAUCACAUACAUGUGAAGGGAAAUCCUGGAAGUCUGUUCAUCCAACAAAGAAUUGGUUGGUAAGUAUCAUAAAAGAUAGAUUACGGGAUAGCCCACAUCACAAACCAAAGGAAAUUGCCAGUGGCAUUCUUCAUGAUUUUGGGAUUGAGCUAAACUAUACACAAGUAUGGCGCGGCAUUGAGGAUGCCAGGGAGCAACUUCAGGGUUCAUAUAAGGAGUCAUAUAAUCAGUUGCCUUGGUUUUGUGAGAACUUGGCCGAGGCAAAUCCAGGUAGCAAAAUCGAGCUUUUCACUGGUGAUGACAAAAGAUUUGAGCGUCUCUUCAUAUCCUUUCAUGCAUCCAUGCAUGGUUUUCAAUAUGGUUGCCGCCCUAUACUUUUUCUUGAUGCUACAUCUUUGAAAUCAAAAUACCAUGAGACUCUGUUGACAGCAACUUCAGUGGAUGGAGAUGAUGGUUUUUUUCCGGUUGCAUUUGCUAUUGUAGAUACUGAGAACCACAAUAAUUGGAAUUGGUUUUUGAAGCAAUUGAAAUCUAUGGUAGCAACUCCACCAGCACCCAUUACUUUUGUGUCAGACAGAGAGAAAACGUUAGAGAACUUGGUGCUUGAGGUAUUUGAGAAUGCUCACCAUGGUUACGCUAUUUACAACCUUUUGGAGAACUUCAAGAAAAACUUGAAGGGUCCAUUCCAUGGAGAUGGAAAGGGCUCUUUGCCUGGAAGCUUUGUGGCUGUUGCACAUGCAGCCCGGAUGGAUGCAUUUAAAAUGCACAUGGAGCAAAUCAAACGAGUUUCUUCUAAAGCCUACGAUUGGGUAUUACAAAUUGAACCAAAACAUUGGACAAAUGCAUUUUUUAAGGGUGAACACUACAACCAUGUUACGAAAAAUGUCAUGGAGUCGUACACCAGCUGGAUAGAGGAAGUGAGAGAGUUACCGAUUAUACAGAAGGUAGAAAUGCUAAGAUGUAAAAUAAUGGAGUUAUCAAAGACACGCCGAAUGAGUUCAAGUAAAUGGACUUCAAGACUGACUCCGUCUAAGGAGGAAAAACUGGUAAAAGAAACUAAUAAAGCAUUUGGUCUUAAAGUGUUAUUUUCAUCCGAAACCCUAUUUGAGGUUCAUGACGAUUCCAUUAAUGUUGUGGAUAUUGAUAAGUGGAAUUGUAGUUGUCUUGGGUGGAAAGCAACUGAGCUUCCUUGCAGCCAUGCUAUUGCUGUCUUCAACAGCACUGGUAGGAAUGUUUAUGAUUACUGUUCAAGAUACUGCAGUGUUGAUAAUUUCCAUUUAACAUAUGCUGAAUCCAUAAACCCCGUAUUGGCUGUUUUUAAUCCUUUGACUAAUGGAAAAGCUGGUUUGGAGGAUAUGAAUGUACUUCCUCCUUUGACCUCCCGUCCACCAAGUCAACUCAAGAAGAAGGAGACCAAACCCGGAGUGGCCAGAAGAGCAGUUUAUUGUACUAGGUGCAAGGAAGCAGGGCAUAAUAAAGCUACAUGCAAGGCAACCCUAUAGAUCUCUGGAGUUUUCUCUGCAUUUUUACUGUAUAGCUAUCCAACUUUUUUUUUUUUUUUUUUUUUUUGGAGGGUAAUUUCAAAAUAUCUCACUUGAAUGUGCAGUGCAGUUGUCUAUUUUAUUUAGACAGAUACUGUUGAUUUUUUAAAAUUCAGCCCCAUAAUUAUGGGGAAAAAACACUCCAUCUGGAAGUCCAAAAUAUGUCAAUUUCUUGAAUUGUUUAUUUGGUUAUUUUAUUUAAGAAAGACAUGAGCCUUACUGCCUAUUUGUGGCUCUAGUCAACUAACGCACGACAAAUGAAUUUGCCUCUUCAUAAGUGUGCCUUAUAAUACGAAUUGAAAAGUAUCUAAGUUGUCCCU